CGCUACUUCUGGAAGGGGGUUCUUUACCUAGCUUUCACCAUCGGUGAUUUUGCGGACGACGGCCUAGGGUUCCCAAACCACCGACCGAUCGACGAUGACAUCCUUCUCCCCGGCAACAUAAGAUGCCUAAUGUGGUCAGCACAAUGUUUAAGUUUGUAAGAUGGAUGGCUAGUUGGCUAGCAGCUGGGUAUGUCCUAUUCUCUUCCUUUUCUUCUGCGCGCAAGCGCCCAAACCCUAAUUGUACUGGGUUGGUCCUGCACGCUUAAGAUCGAUCUUGGUUGACUCGAUAGGACUUGUUGUCUAGUAUUAGCUUGUGAAUUGAGUGUAAAAGCAACUCCAAGGGACCAGCGAGAUCCUUUUGUAAAGGAGACAUAUCAAGUUGUUUGGUGAUAAUGGAUCCAAAGCAUUCGGCUGAAGUGUCCAAGUAUUUAGACAAGCAAAAUCAAGCACUAAUGGAAACAUAUCGAGCAAUGUCCCAUGAGUUGCAUAAACUGCAGGUAGAAGAAGAGACAAUCAUGCGCAAGUUGUAUGAACUGAUGUCCGCGGAAGGGCUUCUUCCAAAGCGCAAGAAAGAAAAGCAACAUGGGGAAAAUAUAGUGGGAUAAGCUGAGAGCAAAGAACAGGAACCAUAAAUUCUUAUGCGACGUGUAAUGUGAUAUGACAGCAAUGCCAUUUUAUCUGGAGAGUUGGUGCUUGUUAACUUCUGUAUAGCAGUUCUCUAUCAUCACAACUCUGCGACCACUACAUUUAACUUCACAGUUGAAAAUUUAACCUGAGUAUUAGUUCCGUGAGGAAUUACUUACAGACAAACAUAAUCAUUCCUUUCGCUCAUAUGCUUCAA